AUGGGCUACUAUGCCGCCACUUCGUCAUGGAAGGAAGCCAGAAUCGAUGACUUGGCAACUACCACAGGGUUGGUUGAUGAUCUGAUAUGCGCGCAGAAUCGUGCUCAUGACUCGACCAUCGAGGACGAUAAGAAUUGCAUCUCGGCCCAGCCCGUGGACUCGACAAACCUAAUCAAUACUACAGACGCUGACGGGCUGGCAAACCUGCCCGUGCACAACUCUCAUUUCACAACUACGAACAGCCUCCGUGUCGGAACUGGCAAAGAGAUUGAAAUCGAUUCGCUCACGGACGAUUUUCCGUCUGGUCCGGCCCCUACCACCGGCAAACCUGCAACCAACGAACCAGGUACGACGCCAGUGUCUGCGUCGUUGUACCCUAACGCAGUCUUCGCAGAAGAGGAUCGUGAGGGCUCAGAGGAGGAAGUGGAAUUGACACAGGGUCAAACUCCUGCGGCACAAAAGGGAGACAUAAUCACCGAGCCAGCUGACACAAAGUAUUCAGCCAUUGAGACUGGAGGUGGUUCUCCGGACCGUCUAGAGCCGAUCAGCCACGUCAUCGAUACAGUGGAGAAGACAGGAGCGAAGGGAACCGAACCUGGAGAUUUUUUCCAGGUCAUCCAUCCUCGCGAGACCGUGGUUAAAGAUGACGACGACUCACUUGACCACUAUAAUAUCCCGUGGGGAUGGGAUCCUGAGGACGACUAUUACGUCUUUGUCAAAGAGUAUCUGACAAAGGAGAGACGGCAUGAGCUUCGGCCGCACACAGCUUAG